AUGCGACCAAAAUUAGCCGGGUGCAGAGAGAUUGAGGAGGAAAGGACGAUAACUCUGUCUGUAUGGGAGAUUGAAUUUGAUGAACGUCUACUUUUACCAACAGAUAACAUAGACAGCGAUGGAUUUGUUGCGUUCUAUUCCUACAUGUCAAAACCAGAAAUUAACCCUAGUGCUCAUCUAACAUUAAUAUACGACGUCCCUAUUACAAAUGUAGGAAAUGGGUACAACCAUGUGACUGGAAUCUUCACCGCACCAACGAGUGGUAUUUAUGUAUUCAUAUGGGUAACCAGAGUUUUUUCCGGGGAACAUUCUACCGAACUCAUGAUAAACAACGCCGAGUAUGGGACCACUUUCCUCCGGGCAAACAAUGGUGAUGAUGGUUCUGUAAGUGGGAACGUUGUGGCUAACAUAACCAAGGGGGAUUCGGUCUUUGUGCGCGUCCAUUCCUCAUAUGCCGGUACUGGAUACAUUAAUAGUAAUAUACAUGGUCGUCCAUCAUUUUCUGGCUGGCUUCUACGUUGA